CUCAUAAGAUCGCCCCGCGGGAAUUUCACCCUUGUCUUCUCUUCUUUGCUUCAUUUGCCCCCCGCCGGGCACAACACAACAAUCUCUAUCACAUCCACUCCCUUCAGAAAUGUCCUUAGACCGCCGUCACCCAGCGUCACUCCUCCCAAGGUCCCUUCAUAAUCCAUACCUUGUAGAUCUUAUGCGUAGGCCUGUCUGUAUGGAGAUGAUCUCCUACAUCGCCCACCAGGCAUCGCGGGCCAUCAUGAUCAACGAGCAGCUCCCUGCCCCGAGUGCCCUGCCAACACCCCCUACAACGCCAAUCAAGGCCCCCUUCUCAGAGACGCAGGACGUAGCCUCUCCCACCCCGGCGGUGCCAAAACUGCCGAGUCUUGUCAACUUCAUCAUUCACUUGGUGAACAGGUCGAACGUUCAGGUGCCCACGCUACUCACCACCCUCAUUUACUUGCACCGCGUGCGUGUCAAGGUGCCUGCCAUGACCAAGGGUCGCCCAUGCACCCGGCACCGCGUCUUCCUGGCGACACUCAUCGUAGCAGCUAAGUACCUCAACGACUCAUCUCCCAAAAACGUACAUUGGGCAGCGUACGCCGAACACUUCGACCUCCCAGAGGUGAACCUCAUGGAGGAACAGCUUCUCUAUAUACUGGGCUACGACCUCCGCUUCGACGAGCGUGAAGCAUGCACCCACUUUGCGGUGACCCGUGCAGCAGCUGUCGAGCGAGUUUCCAAAGCGGGGAAAGCACGCGCCCAAGCCCAGCUACCAACUCCUCCUAGCGAAGUUCCUCCUCCACCUCCCAUGGGAUCCUCUAUCGUGUCCACAGUUCGCGGAAUUGCAAGGCGUCUCUCGAGCAGCCGUCUUGGAGGUUCCCAGAGCCGAUCAUCAUGCAUCGCGUCGCCGAUAUCGAGUGUGUACAGUUGUGACAGCUCGAGUGCGACAGAUUCAGAGAUGGAAUCGCUGAUCGAGGACACUGGGUCUUCGUCUGAUUCAGCUAGCAGUAUCUCCGACGAUGAGCAAGAGGCGAACGAGAAGCCAAGUAUCGUGAGGAAACAGUUCGUCUUGGGCGGCAUCCCGCCUCAGGCGCACAGAGAAGGGCGGAAGGUAUCUGAAGCAGGCUCAGUCCGAUCUAUAGCGACCGUCCGAGCAGGCGAAUCUCCUUCUCCCCAAAACCUACCCGCGCCUUUGGAGACAUGCACGACCAGAGUCGUCAACAGUACCGCCGUUCCUGGCAAGCGAGCGAGCUCCUACGUGUACAGUGCAACCAAUGGUAUUCAGAAUCAAUCCGACGCUGAUUCCGCUGGCGGAUCCGGCGUUCCUGCUUCCCGUAUGAAAGCAAGCGUCAGCAUGUCUUCCAACGGAUUCCUCAGCCGUAUGUGGAGCGCAGCGAUUAAGGGUCAAGAGAAGGAGAAGCCGACAUGUGACCUCUCUGGCAAGGGGUCGCUGGGUCAUCCUGUGGUGAGCAUUGUUGAGCCCGCAGAACGUCAUCCCCCUGGUCAUGGGGCUAGCGCGUUCCAUAAACUGGUGCACUCGAGGUCUGCGAUCUUCCGAGCGACGGCCAAUCAGAAUCUACUGGAUGUUUGA